CCUCCCCUCUAUCUAUUUUCCACUUUUACAAAAUAUCACCGGAAAAAUACAUGCUCUUUCCGGCGCCGAUAGUAAAUUAAACCGGAAAAACUUGACGGCCGCCGGCGCCCUGGUUUUAACUGAGUUUCUCUUCAUAUAAAGUCAGAUUCUUUGGUUCUUUUAAUUCUUCAUUUCAGGGUUGUAAUCCAACUAUUGAAGCACAAAAACCAUUUCGACCCCUUCUCUCCUGCUCAGAGUACAUCUGUAUGUGUUCUUCAAUUCAAAAAUGCAAAUCUCACUAGCCACUACAAUACCAAAAGUACCUUCAUUCUCCACAUAUUACCCUUCCACCUCAAACCAAACUCAAUAUAAUGUUCAAAAACCAAGCCACGGUAUCUCAACGCAAACACACAUCAGUCUUCCAGCUCCAUGUGCUGUCAAAAGCUCCUCUACCGGCUUCUUGUCUGCCAUUGAGAGAGCUAUAGAGGAAGAAGAGUAUAGAAAAGCCAGGGCUGAGGUAAUCCGCAAAGGGUUAAAUGUUGAAGGUUAUUCAAUUGAAGGACACUCAAUUGGUGGGCAUGAGACCUGUGUUAUUGUGCCACAACUAAAGGCUGCUUUUGAUAUUGGGAGAUGUCCCUCAAGGGCUGUUCAUCAAAACUUCUUGUUUAUCACUCACGCGCAUCUUGACCACAUUGGUGGACUUCCUAUGUAUAUUGCCACUCGUGGCUUGUAUGGCUUGAAGCCCCCGACUGUUUUUGUGCCUCCUUCCAUAAAAGAGGAUGUAGAGAAGUUGCUUGAUGUUCAUAGAUCUAUGAGUCAGGUGGAACUGAACUUGGAUCUGAUUGCUUUAGAUGUAGGGGAAACAUAUGAGAUGCGGAAUGACCUGGUAGUAAGGCCAGUUAGAACUCACCAUGUUAUUCCUAGCCAGGGCUAUGUGAUAUACUCAGUUAGAAAGAAACUGAAGAAGCAAUACAUUCAUCUAGAGGGGAAAAAAAUUGAGAAACUGAAGAAAUCGGGUGUUCAGAUUACAGAUAGUGUGUUGUGUCCAGAAGUAGCCUUCACGGGAGAUACAGCAUCAGAUUUUUAUCUUGAUCCUCGCAGUGCUGAUGCCUUGCGGGCAAAAAUUCUUAUAACUGAGGCAACUUUCUUGGAUGACAACUGCAGUGUUGAGCAUGCACGAGAGCACGGUCAUACCCAUCUAUAUGAGAUAAUGGAGCAAGCAAAAUGGAUACGGAACAAAACACUCGUUUUAACCCAUUUUUCACCACGCUACAGUAUUGAGGAAAUCCGUCAAGGUAUAUCGAAGUUGCAACCCCAGAUAUCAGCCAAAGUGGUUGCCUUAACUGAGGGCUUCAAAUCAAUGCACUUGUAGCUAUUCUUUCUAGUUGAGCCUCUUGGUCUGUCAUUAUACCUCGAGAUGAUUAGAAUAGAUUCGUAGAUCAGGUCAACUGAAUCGUUGUAAACUUAUAAUAUUUCAAUAGGGCUUAUUCAUAGCCAUUCUUUUGAUCUUUUGUAAGAAAACUUACAUAUGAGUACCUAGUUUGUGGUACUCUUGUUUUCGAGGAAAUGAAAUUUCUUGCCUUUUUACAA